AGCAGACCCAAGGCAGCAGCAGCAGCAGCAGCAGCAGCAGCAGAGUCCGCAGGGGGAAGCAGCUAACUGCUGAGCUCUGCAGGGCCUAUGGCUGGCCGCAUGCAGUGCCUCAGGAAGUGCGGCCGCUGGCUCUUGGCUCUGCCACCUGGCUGCAGCUGCAGCAGCAGCAGCAGCAGCUGCAGCAGCAGCAAGCUCCGCAGAGUGCCACUAAAGUCUAUGCAACUGUGAGCCUUUUCGAGCUGCAGCAUGGCAGCAGCAGCCGCCAGCGCAGCCGCAGCGGAGAUGGCGUGCUGCGUCACGCUCAGCAGCAGCAGCAGCAGCAGCAGCAGCAGUUGCUGCUGCUGCCACUGCAACGAAAUCCACCCGCUGGCCAGCUGUUUGUGCAUGCGCAGCUGCCGAUCGUCAUCUACAACAGCAGCAGCAGCAGCAGCAGCAGGGACAGCAGCAAAGCAGCAGCCUUGGGCCCCUUCCUGGUGUACUACCAAGGUGCCCCCGCGCCGCAGCUGGCACAGCAGCAGCAGCAGCAGCAGCAGCAGAUGAGAUAG